CCCAUGGUUGCAUGUUUUGGAAAAAAUUGCAAAAAAAAAAAAUAGUUUGGCCGGUCGAACUGGCCGGUUCACACCGGUUCACACUGGUUUUAUGCGUGUUACGGUCCAAAGGGCCAGACCGGGUGGACCGCCGGUUCACGGUCCGAACCUGCCAGUCCGGUCCGGUUUUAAAACUAUGGUCUAACAUCCACAUGCAAAAUGAGUAUUACUUUAUUUUAAAAUAAAUAUUAUCUUACUAUACCUUACUUCUGAUACAACCGGUUAUACCAUAUACUUACUCCCCUAUUUUCUCCCAUGAGUGAUGGUCUAACAUCCAUAUGCUUCGAGUAAUUUCUCAUGUAGGAAGCCGUUUAAAGUCCUAGUUCGUGCGGAAAGGAGACAAAUCACACUCCAAAGUCAAAACUAAUCCAAUCACCUUACCACCCUCUACGCCCUCUUUUUACGCACUUUUCAAAAUUAAGAAGAAAAGACAUAGAGAGCACAUAAACCAAAAGGUCCAUAGCAACGAGAAUCUUCUCAGCUUCUCACCGGCCUUCUCUUUCUCUCCGCCGCCCCCUCCUCCUCUCCGUCCGCCGCAGCCGCCCCACUCUUCUCUUCCUACGCAUCUUAUUGAAUGUGGGUCUCCCAUCUUACCCCCAAUUGUCUCUCUCUCUUUCUAGAUGUACGGGCACUAUAAAGUGUAUGUAUGGGGUAUUUGUGUAUCAAUAGAUUCAAUACACAUCGAAUAUGUUGCCCAUUUGUAGGCCUGACACUGGUCACCAUAUUUAUUUCUUUCACCCCUACAAAAAUUAUUGUCAUGUGCUACUAUAUAUAUUAAAAAAAAGCCUACUGUCAUGAAAUUACUAUAGAAUUCCUGCUUUUUCUCCCCUUUUGAAUCCAACCCAUAUUCGGGAAUCCUUUGUUUGUUGCUCAUACUAUGAAAGUUUUCAGGCAAAAUUUCAAAGUUGGCGUUUUUAUGCAGACCCAGAAAUGGAAAGAAAUUGGAAUAGAGUUUCCGUGAUUGUGUUUUGACUCUGCUCUAGAUCUACCAUUCUUUUCUAGAUGACUGGUUCGGAAUUAGCCUGAAUCGAUUGUUUAAGGGCUCUGCUUUGAAGAUCAGAGCGGUGGAGGGCGUGAUUUGAGCAGUUCUUGGAGUCCGGGUUUGGAAUGGAAGGGCGGAUUAAAAAGUACAGGCCUUUGAGUCCGGACAGGGCCAAAGUUUGGACUGAGAAAUCUCCCAAAUAUCGGCAGAAACAGCAGCCGCAGAGGGAGGAGCAAAGCUGUAAUAAUAAUAAUAGUAAUCACAGUAACAGGAUUGCUGUGGUGUAUUAUCUCUGUAGAAACCGACAGCUUGAGCAUCCCCAUUUCAUUGAAGUCUCCCCUUCUUCCCCGGACGGCCGCCUCUAUUUGAGAGAUGUGAUUGAGAGGCUUAAUGUUUUGAGGGGCAGAGGCAUGGCUUCAUUGUACUCUUGGUCUUGCAAGAGGAGCUACAAGAAUGGGUUCGUUUGGCAUGAUCUUUCAGAAGAUGACCUCAUACUCCCUGCCCAUGGGAAUGAAUAUGUUCUCAAGGGCUCAGAGCUCAUGGAAGAUUCUAGUUUAGGGCACUUAAGCCCAGCUAGAAUUGUCAAAAUUCAAAACCCAAAACUGCUACCUGAACCGCCAUCUGCUAGAAGUCAAGACGAUUCUUCCUCAUCUUCCAGUAUGAAUGGGAGAGGAUCAAAACCUUUGCAGGACGAUGAACUUUCUCCCACAGUUGAACGUCCCAAUUCAUCUGCUGUGUCCCCCGAGUCUAAAAAUUCCUCUUGGAAUGGUUCCUUCAGCAUGACAGAGUGCAAGAACAUUUCAGGCUUGGCUGAUGCUUCCACACAGACAGAAGAAAACCCAAGUAGAAACAAUAGUGUUCGGGAGACCUGUACGAGAGGCAUUUCUACUGAUGAUGGAUCUUCUGAGGCUGAAGGCAUAUUCCUAAUUUCAAACGGACCUGAAAAGAAUGAGGGCACCGACAUAAAAGAAUCAUCUGAGAUUGGCAAAGAGUCAGUCUCGCCACAUCCUUCAUCAUCCAGUGUAUCAUCAGGUGGAAGAACUGAUACCUUGGAGUCUCUCCUUAGAUCUGAUAUUGGUAGUAAGCUCAACAGCUUUAGAGUUCUUGGAGAUGAGGAAUUUCGAGUGCCCACAACAAAGAUCAAGCCUUCGAAUAUGUUAAUGCAAUUAAUCUCAUGUGGGUCUGUUUCGGUGAAAGAUAACAGUUUUGGCAUUGUCCCAAUGUACAAGCCCAGAUUUUCUCAUUCGAAAUUUUCAUCCCCAUUAUAUUCAACAACCUCUCUAAGCUUGGGUGAACUCGAUUGUCUUGCGGAAAAUCCAAGAUUAAUGGGUGUGAGAUUAGAAGAUAAGGAAUAUUUCAGCGGGAGCUUGAUAGAGACAAAUGUGCCCAAGGGAGUAGCUGCUCUUAAAAGGUCAUCAUCUUUUAAUGCUGACAGGACGAAUAAAGAGCUCGAUUCAGUUGAAGACAGAGAGGAUAUGUGCUCAGCAGGCACAAAGUGCAUCCCUUUAUCAAUCACAGCUUCAUUUAGUAGACACCCAAGGAGUGAAUCAAUGAGAUCUCCGCUUUCUGUGGGUCCCAGAAUGUCAUCAUCCGAAGGACGAAUCACUCCUGAUAACACAUCAAGAGGAGCAAGUAAGAGAAUCACAGAGCCUCUUGGAGAGGCAGAUAGCGCGAUCAAAAUUGAAGAAAGCUUGCUUCGGGAGCUAGGAUUAUAAUACAGUCAAACCCAUCUUGAACGACAAACUAUUCCGAAGGGUCAAUCGCUUUUGGAUAUUAUUCUAGCUGGAAAUCAGAAUUGGAUCAUCAUUUCAUCAUUGUAAAUCUUGUUAUAUACUAUGGAGUAUAUCUAUGAUAGUAGAUGCAAAAAAAAAAAAAAAAACAUGAAACAAAUUGUGUAGGUGUUGUAGCACAAUGAAUGGAAGUAGUUAUAGACUGGCUGUUAGAUGUAUGGUUUACAUAUGAUGAGUAUUACAGUGGGAAUUUUGAUAGCUUAAUUAUUACAUUUGGAAUUUUGACAUACAUUGUGUCUGGAUUAAUGCAAUGCACAAGAUGACAAGUAACAUUGAUGAAGAAAGGGCAAGAUGGCAUUACUCCACUCCCUCUUUUUGCACCUUUUGACUUGUGAGACAGCUUUGCCAAGUUUGCUUUACCAGAAGUGGUAGUUGUAAAGUUAAAUGAAACUUUAAUGCAUACCCUUCUGAUCUGAAUGAACAAACAAAAUACCUUGCACAGUAACACUGCACCUCAAAUCCUUUAUAGCCCUCUUAAAUAGCUAGAUGAAAUUGUUAGAUCAUAAGGUGUGGAUCACACCAUUCAUUCCAUCCCCUUUUGCCAACUCGGAUCUUGUCCAAGAAGAUGUUAUCAAGAGACUUUCGGCUCAAACUGCAUAU